CCCAAAUCGGGGCCCGAAGUCGUCCAAGGCAUGGAACGACAACAGGACAGAUAUUAUAUCGGCGGAGCAAAUGAAGAACGCGCACUUUGAGAACUAUUACAAGACGCAGAAGGUAGUGCCUGAUGAGGAAUGGGACGCCUUUAUGGAGCGACUGAGAGCGCCUUUACCGACGACGUUCAGGCUCGCGGGGUUCAGAGAGACGGCCACCGUACUCAACGACCUGAUUAAGACCACAUAUAUCUCGACCCUGAGCAAUGAAGUGGAUGGCGAAGUGGUCCAACCUCCUGCUCAGAUCCCAUGGUACCCCGAUGGACUUGCGUGGCAGUUUAACGUGUCCAAGCAGGUUCUCCGCAAAAACCCCGACUUCAAGAGGUUCCACUCCUUCCUAGUUUUCGAGACCGAGAUCGGUAACAUCUCCCGCCAAGAGGCCGUCAGUAUGCUUCCGCCCUUGCUACUAGAUGUCAAACCUCACCACCUGGUUAUGGACAUGUGUGCAGCUCCGGGGUCCAAAACCGCCCAGCUCCUGGAAGCACUGCACACACCCCCGGCCGACCCCUCCCCGUCAAAUCCCAUCCCGCCCGGCCUCCUGCUCGCCAACGACUCCGACCACAAGCGUACGCACCUCCUCAUCCACCAGUCCGCCCGCCUACCGUCUCCAUCGCUGCUCGUCACGAAUCUCGACGCGAGCAUCUUCCCGGUCAUCCGCGUCGGUGCCGAGCACAUGGGCGGCGAGGCGGGCAAGGGGACGAGGCAGCUGCUGUUUGAUAGGAUAUUAUGCGACGUGCCAUGCUCGGGGGAUGGAACACUCAGGAAGAACAUGGGGAUCUGGUUGAAGUGGGGCGUUGGCGAUGGGAAUGGACUGCAUUCACUGCAGCUGCGCAUCCUGCAGCGCGCUAUGCGUCUCUUAAAACCCGGAGGUCGCGUAGUUUACUCCACCUGCUCCCUCAACCCAGUCGAGAACGAAGCCGUAGUGGCCGCAGCCCUGCGCUCAAUACCCCACUUCACUCUCGCGCCCACAUCAUCGUCCCUCCCGGCCCUCCAGCGUCGGCCUGGCCUCAAAUCAUGGACACCCGCGUUCUUCCUGGGCGGAAAGCGGGAGCUCCGGUUCUUCCCGACGUAUGAGGAGUAUGUUGCGGCAUUGAGUGAGAAGGACGAUAAAAAGUAUACGGAGAGCAUGUGGCCUCCUACGGAUGAGGGAGAGGAGGGCUGGGCACUGGACAGAUGUAUGCGGAUUUACCCUCAUCUGCAGGAUACCGGCGGGUUCUUCAUCGCUGUACUAGAGAAGAGGGCAAAGGAUGACGCUCCUGAGGCAAAAAAGCGUCAGGCUGAUGCCCCGGAGGACUGCACUGCCGAGCCUACCACGAAGAAAGUCAAGUUGGAGUCUGCCGGCGAGGACGUCACAAUGGGUGACUUGGCUGAAGUUGGCGACGCUGGCCGAUCUGCGUCUCCUAGUGCAAACGGAGAAGCCAAAGUGGCACCUAGGAUGGAGGCGGACACAGACAAGAAAGAAAAACCGCAGGGGAAGAGAGGGAAGGGGAAGGAACGGGAGGGAACCGGCGGAUCUUUCAAGGAGAACCCUUACACGUUCCUCCCCCCGGAUGAUCCCAUUGUAAAGACUUGCAUCGAGAAACUCCAUAUCAUCCCGUCCUUUCCCGAUCAUAACCUCUUCGUACGCAAUCCGUCGGGCGAACCAGCACGGUCUCUCUACCUCACCAACGACAUCGUUCGCUCGGUUAUACUGAACAACGACUACAAUCGCAUCAGACUGAUGACAGCUGGGACGAAACUGUUCGUCAAACAAGAGGCUGCGAAAUCGGCAUCUAAAUCCGCUGACGAAGAUGCGGAUGGGCGAGAGGGCGAAGGGUCGAGUGCAAGAUUCCGCAUCCUGAGUGAAGGACUUCCCGUUGUGUACCCAUUUAUCAAGCCUGAGACGGUGAUGGACGCGGAUCUUAAAACGCUGCAAGCUCUACUAGAAACGUAUCACCCGCUCUGUGAGAGUUUCCAGGAACCAUUCAGGACUGCAAUUACCGAGAAACCGUCCGGUUGUCAUGUCCUGAAAUUCCCCGAGGAGAAGAAUGUCGGUGGCAACCUCACUCAUGAACUCGUCUUACCAAUAUGGAAGUCCAAUGUAUCUAUAUCACUUAUGAUCGACAAGAAAGCCAAAAGCGCUCUCAGUCUCCGAGUCUUCGGGAAAGACAUCACCACGGCUGGACGGGCACUAGCAUCAAAUCAAAAGGCCAAGGUUGCUACGGACAGCGCAUCCACAGUAGUUGCCGAGGAGGAGACGGAACAUAUAGUUGUGGCGGAAGAUGAUCUGGAACAGUCUAACGAUAACAUUGACAAUGCAUAG